UCAGUUUGCAAACUGCUGUUUCUUCAUUGUAUCAGAAAUUAAAAAACUUCGCUUGCAUAUCACCAGUUUUAAAUUUGGGAAAAUUCUCUUUUAGCUCUCACCAAUGCUGUUGCUGUUCGCUUUUUAGGACCUGCUUAUUUCCAAAGAACUGCAGCUACUACUACAACUACUGCUCCCGCUACUACAGAUGUUACUUCUCCUGCUGUUGCAAAGCUUACUCCCACUGUGAUAGCUGAGCAAUGCAAGCAAAUACAAGAACUGCUGAAGGAAGAACUUCCGAAACCGUACGAUGGUCCCGAGAGAGACCAUGUCAAUUUUCCACGACGUAAGAGGGCCAUCUAUCCGGGAAAAGUUCGGAUGGGUUUUCUUCCUGAAGAAUGGUUCCAGUUCUUUUAUAAGAAGACAGGAGUAACUGGUCCAUAUUUGUUUGGUACAGGUCUACUAACAUUCUUGCUUUCUAAAGAGCUGUUUGUAAUAGAAGAAGAAUUUUCUACUGGAGUAGCCAUAUUUAUUUUAGCUUACACAGCAAUAAAGAAGUUUGGCCCAGCAACACGAACGUUUGCUGACAAAUUGGUUCAGGAUCAAGAAGCUAAAUUUGAGGGUGUUAAGAGUGAAAAUAUAAUAGUACUAGAAGAUGCCAUAGCUCAGGAGAAGAAAGCUGUGUGGCAGGCAGAAGGCCAAAAAAUCUUAAUGGAAGCUAAGCGUGAGAAUGUUCAGAUGCAGCUUGAAGCGGAAUAUCGAAGACGCUUGAUGCAUGUGUAUGAUAAAGUGAAAAGACGUCUUGAUUAUCAACUUGAAUUGUACAAUGCUCGACGGAAAUUUGAACAGAAACAUAUGGUUGAUUGGAUUGUGAACAGUGUUAUUAAAAGUAUAACUCCCCAGCAGGAAAAGGAAGCUCUUCAAAAAUGUAUAGAAGAUUUGAAAGUUCUUUCUCAAGCUCGUUAAAUAUCAUUAAUUAAAAUUUAUAAGCAUAUUGAAUGUAUCCAAUUCUAAUAAACUCUGCUGUAGAAUAAUUUCGAGACCCUAAAAGUAACAAAGAAUUAAAAUUGGUUUAUAUACA